UUGAGAUCAUUGAGGCAGUAGAUGGCGGUAGUUACCGGUUUUCCCUUUCCCCUAUCUCAGUUUCACUCCCCUGGACGUGAAGCGUAGGCUGACGCAUGAACCGGCAGUAUUAGUUGGAAUAUUUUGACGAUAACACAAUAAUUUUUGUAGUUUCUUGGCAUUGCUGUGAUUAUUACAGUUACUCUAUUUGUUGUGUUCGUUUGUAGAAAGAAGAAAGUGUUUGAAAUUAUUUUUUUGGGCAAGGGAUAUGGAAGGGGAAUGACAGUAGAAUGGACAAAUAAAGGAGAUGAGAAAGGGAUGUGAGAGAAAAGAGGUAAAGGAAUUGAAGAACAGGGAUAAGGGAACUGUCUUAACAAGAAGUUGAAGUAGAAUGGUGGAAACUGAAGGGGAGCAGUUUUCAUUUUGCUGGAACAACUUCCACAGUAACUUGACUUCUGGGAUCAAUGCACUUCUGCAGGGAGAAGAUCUAGUCGAUGUCACGCUUGCAGCUGCUGGACAGUUUGUACAAGCACAUAAAAUUGUCCUGUCUGUAUGCAGUCCAUACUUCAAGGAACUUUUUAAAGUAAAUCCAUGCAGACAUCCCAUAGUUAUCUUGAAGGAUGUGGGUCACAAGGAGCUGGUCGCUAUCUUGCAGUUUAUGUACCAAGGAGAGGUUAAUGUACAGCAGGAGGAACUGUCUGCUUUCCUCAAGAUGGCAGAAAUGCUGCAGAUCAAAGGACUCACUGGAGAUGACUCACCAUCAAUGAAGGUGCCAAUAUCAGUACCUGACACACCAGAAAGUACACCUGCAUCAAGAACACAACAGCCAUCCCUACUUGAACCACUUGUGGUGCAGUCUGAAGAUCCCCCAGUCCGUCCCUACAAACGAUUGCGUUCAGAAGCAUCUGCUCCACCACCUUCAUCAGCAUCAGUAUCAAGCCCAUGUGUACUGAAUGAGGACACAAAUAUUGUAGAAACUGUGGAAAUAUCAAAACCAAAAGUAGAACCAGUUGAAUAUAAAUUAGACAUAGAAGAAGUAGACAAAUUGCCUAAUCAAGAUGAUCCUUUGGCACCGUUAGGAGGAGAGAGCAGCAGUCAUUCUCAUCAAGACUCAGUGCAAGGAGCAACUCCAAUAUUUGCUCAAUACCAGGGCUGUCACAAGAUUCUGGAGGGUCACAGGAUGGCGGACAAGCAUGCCCCUGUGAUAUCUUGCGACGUAGAAAGGAGUUUCUCCAAAUACAAGGCCAUUGUUAGUGACAAUCUGAGGUCCUUCAAGUUCGAGAAUUUGAAAAUGCAUGUUGUCAUUCAGUGCAACUCUACUGAAAAGGAAGAUUAAGGUACCGUACAAAUUAUUUACCUGCAA